GAGAGCAAGUUAGAGAGGGAGCUCGAAGAAUCUCAAACCAGCAGAGCGGCGCUGGUGGCUGAAUGCCAAGCUCUUCUGCAGGAGCAGCAGUUGACCAGCGCUGCAGCCCUGGCAAUACGAGAAGCAGAGGCAGAGCAACAGCAACGUGUCUGUGACAUGUUGCAGUCAGAAGUGGCGAAGAUGGAGCAGUUGUCGUCUGCACCUUCGAGUCAAGUCAGAUCCGAACAGAUCGAGGCAGAGGAUAUUAUUGGGCAGGCGGUGCCGGGUGCUCCUCAGCGUGCGGCAUCAGGCACCGAUAUGCAAGACGACCGGAUGCAGGAUGUGCUAAAAACUCUGUCGCAGAUGACCCGCAAACUGGCCCAGAGGCUGCACUUGGCCGAGCAGGAACUGAAGGAUGAGAUGCGGAGCGCCUUGAAAGCUCAAAGGGAGGUCCAGGACCAGCGCAUGCAGCAAACAGCUGCUUUGGCUGACAAGGAAGCUGAAAUGCAGAAGAGACUGGCGCAGCUGGAGCGCGGGAGGAUGGAGUCGUCCCGAAAGUCUCACUCUCUGCAGGUGGAGGCCGAGCAUUCAGUGGUGGCUGCAGCCGUGGGUCAGGCAGAAGCACAGUUUGAGGAAAGCAUGCAACAACUGCGGACCGAAGUGUCACUGGAGAAGAGCCAACAUGCUGCCAAUGUUUCACGACUGAAGCAGCAACUCAUAGAAGCAGGUAUCGAGGCCCAAAUCAGAGAGGAGGACGUUGCUCGGAUGGUCCACUUCGAGCUUCAACAUUCGCGCCAAGAAUGUGACAGCUUACGCAGAGACGCAUCGGCAACCAUGACGGCCGAGCUGGUGGCGAUAAAGGAAGAGGCAGCGGCUGUGGCACGUUCACAUGCUCAGCUUCUGAGUGCGAAGAAUGAACUGCAGGAUGAACUCUUGGUGCUCCAGCAGCAAUCAGUCGUGGAUCUCGCAGCAACGCAGAGGUCGGAGCGUGCUGCAGCAGCUUUAAGAAGGCUCGUAGCCGACAUCCGGCGUGCUGAAGAGGGCGCAGCAGCCAGGGAAGCGGCUGCCAUUGAAGAGCUGACUGCGACGAGGGGGAGGUUCGAAAUUCAGACCACGGAGCUGGAGGCAGCCAAAUCAGACGAGCUGCGCAGCGAGGAGCUUCUCCAUGCCGCACACGAGGUCCAGUGUAUGCUGCACAACGAGUGUGGAGCCUUGACGGCGCAUGUGGAGCGGGCUGCUACGGCUGAGUCGGUGGCUCAGGCCAGAGCUGCCGAGCUUGACGAGCAGCGCCAAGUCCUGCGACAGGAGUGCCAACGCCUCCGCAGUGACAAUGUACUUCUUCGGCGGCAGCUGCAUUGCGCAUCACCCGCGCUCCAAGAUAUCAAGAUCGUUGCGGCUGCACGAGGUCGCCCUUGA